AUGUUUGAGUCGCAGCCGACAAAGUUCAUAGAUACAUUCCUUGGCCCUGGGGGCGGGCCCUCAACGCUUGAGGAGUUUUGGACUGAAGUUGAGUCGAGGGGCGACCCGCGGCUCGCGCACCACCCGAUGCUGCGCAUGCCUCGGUGGAGACAGAGGGCGAUCCCUGUCAUGAUCCACGGGGACGCCGUCCCCGUGGUGGCGUGCGGCCGGGCUACGGCUGAAUCGCUCGACUGUGUGUCAUGGUCAUCGGUAUUCGCGAAAGGGGCAGUGACAAGCCAGAAGAUGCUGAUUUUCAGUUGCUGUGAAAAUAGUAAAACUGCGAUAACUAUGGAGCAGGCUUGGGCUAUCAUAGCGUGGUCAUUCCAAUGGUUGUACAAAGGCGCAUAUCCGAAGAAAAACCAUCUCUUCGAAGAUUAUGCGCCUGGAACCAGCGAGGCUAUGCUGGCAAACUCUGGUGCGACACUCGCUGGGGAUUAUUUCUGCGUCAUUUGGUCCAUUAAGGGGGACCUCGACUAUUACACAAAAUGUCUCAAGUUGAAGCACUACCAGAGGGACGACUUGUGCGAAUACGAUGACUGCGACAUGAAGCACCGCGACCCUGGUAUGCACCCGUUCAAUUUCACCCGCGGCUGCAAGUGGAAACGUCUUCAGCACAGCGCUGCAGAGUGGCGCCGCAAGCGUGGCCACAACGCACGCCAGAUUUUCAAGGCGUUCUCAUUUUUGUCAAUAUUGAAUAUCGAAGCUGACGAACUUCACACACUUUGGAUUGGUCUGUGCCAGUACGCAUUGGCAAGUGCGUUAUGGCUUCUGUGCUUCCGCAUUCUCGACGGCACGAUCAAAGAGAACAUGGUGCAGGUAUGGGCAGAGAUCCAAUCCCAUGGGGGAUGUAGCUACAGCAGCAUCACGCUCAAGAUUUUCAUGAAUGAGAAAAAACCGUGGGAUGAGUUUCCAAAGCUAAAAGGCAGGGGAUCUCAGGCCAAAAGCCUGGUCGCACCGUUGUUGCGCGUGUGGGCAUGGCAUCGAUCGGAUGACGUACUAUAUGACACAGUUUUGAAUCUCCUUGAGACGCUUCUUGAGAUAAGUGACUUAGUGGACUCGACGGCAAUGGAGAUUUUCAUGCCUUUAGCCGACUGUGCCGUGCUGGAAACAUCAAUGAACAAGUUCUUAGGGUUUUACACCCACGCAGGCCUACUCGCAGAUCGCGAAGGCCUUUGUCUUUUUUCAGAGGUGCCAAAAUUACAUUGGGCUUGUCACUGGAUGUCGAGGAGCCGUUGGCUCCACCCCCGUAGGGUAGCCUGCUGGUUGGAUGAGGAUUUUAUGAAGCAUUGUAAAAUCCUCGCUGGGUACGCCACCAGAGGAACUGCAAAACACAAAGUACCGUGCUAUUUUAUGCCUCGAUACUCGAAGGCCCUUGCUUUAGCACAGGAAUUUGUUUCAGAGUGA